AUGUCCCACAUGUUGUCAAUAGGAUACGGUCGGUUUCCACCGACCAGUGCCAGUGAAGCCUGGAUAACUAUCAUCAGCAUGAUGACUGGGUCCACUUGUUACGCCCUCUUCGUCGGUCAUGCUGCCGCUCUCAUUCAAUCCUUCGACUGCUCGAAAAAGAUGUAUAGUGAAAAGUUCAAACAAGUUGAAGAGUACAUGGCUUUUCGUAAGCUACCACGUGUACUGCGACAGAAAAUUGCCAACUACUACGAGCAUCGAUACCAGGGCAAAAUGUUUAACGAAGUGGUCAUUUUGGACGAACUCUCUGAGUGCCUUCGAGAGGUGAGUCCAUUUUCCUUUUUGUAA